CUCACGAUAAAGUAGGAAGGCAGGUGGAUUCAUAAUCGGAAGGCUCCGAGUCUCUUAUCUGUGUAUCGAACCCUGCGAAUUCUAGCUGGGCUGACACCACUUCGAUUCGAAUUGGUGAUAAGAGGCAUUGUUGUGAUUGACAGCGCCGUAAGAGCCGUCAGUCGGUGUGGAUUUCCAAACUUAAAGAAACCCCAAAGCAGCCAAUCCUUCCUGAUCCUGAGAGCCUCCCAGUAACAUACUCGCUCGCCCUCGAGUCCGUGGAGAUGCCUUCAGGGGAGUGGAUCAUCGUGCUCCUUCUGGGAAUUGGGGUGUGCAUGGGAUCACACCCAUCGGACCCGUUGGUCCAAUCACAACCCGCUAGUGAGAAAGUGUCCAAGUUGGAGAGGGAAUCCACAGUCUCCCAUUAUGGCCUUCCAGUGGCCUUCCAGACCUUGGCUGAAGUUCAUCAUAACCGCUCGAAGCGAUCUUCAGUGGCACGUCACCCAGCUCGUUCCACUAAUGGAUCUCACUCCAAUGAUGACGAGCACAUUGGGGUCCAUGUGGUGAGCUGGAGGUGGGAUGAAGUAGGGAUCUACGUCACCAUCACUGGUUUCGUCGUCCUCUCAGGGUUGGCGAAAGUAGGUUUUCAUCACCUGCACGUCAUUUCAUCGAGGGUUCCCGAAUCUUGUUUGCUCGUCAUUGUUGGUCUAGCCAUGGGAGGAAUCAUCAAGGCUUUGGAGCUGGGUGGAGGCGAUGCAGAAUCUGGAGGCUUCCAAUUCCCUACUUUCACUCCAACACUCUUUUUCUACUUCCUUUUACCUCCGAUCAUCCUCGAGGCGGCCUACUCGUUAUAUGAUAAAGCCUUCUUCGACAACCUUCCCACAAUUUUAGUCAUGGCUGUUGUGGGAACCGCUUUCAAUUUCCUGCUGAUCGGCUUCUUGUUGUAUCUGGUGUUCACCAUUGGAGCCAUGGGCAAGAUCCGUGGACCUUUCGGGGGCGAUGACCCUGUCGAAGCAAAGGCUUUGAUGGCCAUGUUCUCGGGCAACUAUGAACUGGGGAUCGUGGAAGUCCUCGUGUUUGCCUCCCUCAUCUCGGCUGUCGAUCCGGUGGCGGUUCUAGCCAUCUUUCAAGAAGUGGGUGUGAAUCCCGAUUUAUACUUCCUACUCUUUGGAGAGUCCCUCCUCAACGAUGGAGUAGCUGUGGUGUUGUAUAACAUGAUGAAUACCAUGGCUGAGAUCGAAGCUGCAGGUGAAGUGAUCACUCUCGGCCAGAUUGGCUUAGGUCUAGCCUCGUUUGUCACCGUGGCUUGUGGAGGCUUACUCAUCGGGAUUAUCAUGGGUGUUCUCACGGCUUUGAUCACGAGAACCACCUCCGAAGUCAGAGUGGUUGAGCCCUUGGCCCUCUUUGGAAUGGGUUAUUUGGCUUACGUCACUGCCGAACUAUUCCAUUGGUCUGGGAUUAUCAGUCUAAUUGGAUGUGGCAUCGUUCAAGCUCAUUAUGCCUUCAAAAACAUUUCCAAGAAGUCUUACACCACGGUAAAAUACUUCAUCAAAAUGCUCAGUGCCACAUCAGAUUGUAUUAUUUUCCUCUUCCUGGGUAUUGCUCUGGUGGAAGGACCUCAUUACUGGCACACGGGUUUUGUUGUGUGGACCAUCAGCUUCACUCUUAUCUGCAGAUUUGUUGGUGUUUAUGGUCUAACUUUCUUGGCCAAUCGUCGUCGUAUUCGGAAAGUCAACCUCCAGGAACAGUUUAUCAUGGCUUAUGGAGGUCUCCGAGGAGCGGUGGGCUUUUCUCUGGUCGAGAUGAUCAACAAAGAAGUUAUUCCACCCAAACAGAUGUUUGUAACGACCACAUUGGCUGUCGUGAUGUUCACCAUCUUCAUCCAGGGCGGAACCAUCAAAUUCUUGGUGAACCUGUUGGAAAUUGAUAAAGCCUCAGAUGAUCAAAAGAAGAUUAGCGAGGAGGUCAACGACAAUGUUAUGGAACAUCUCAUGGCGGGAAUUGAAAUCAUCUCCGGUCGACGAGGCAGUCAAUACUUGGGACAAUUGCUGGAGAGAUUUGACGAAAAGUACCUCAAACGAUGGCUUUGCCGACAAUGGGAAAGUGAUCUCCAAAGGCUCUUUGAAGAAUUGGCAUACACGGACCAUUUGUGCAACCUUUACGGUCCGUCUGUGGUUUUGGAGUCGGGUGUUCCAGGCAAUAGUCUCCUUAGGCACACCGAUGAAGACAUGGAUAUUAAUGGGGAUCCCAUGAUGCUCCCCACAGUAAUGGGAUCUAGACGGGCUUCAUUUUCCCCUUAUCCCCCUCAUGGGGGAAACUUCUAUGAUGACACUUAUCAAAGAGGUGCUGAUAUGCCGGAAGGUGAUCAAAUGGAGACUCGAUUAGUCAAUGGCGGUCAGCCUCAGCACAAAAUUGUCAGGACCCGAACGAUAUCGGGUUCGUCAGGGUUCUUCCGAUCCGAUGGGAGCCGCAUGAGUGGCCGGAUAUCUCGCAUUGAUUCUGAAAGUUCCCAUCGCGGUUCCCGCAACAACAGUCGACUCGAAGUAGACACCCUUCGAUCGGCCAUGCGAAAGAACUCCUUCAACAAGAUCCAUCAGAAGUACAACCGAAACUUGAUUCACGACGACGAGCAAGAGAUGGAGAGCCACCUUCAAAAACGGCAUGCUAACGCCAGACGAUUGAGCACUUUAGCCAUGAUGAAUCCUUCCAUUAGUGGAACUCAUGAAUCCCACGUGGACUCACAUGGGUUUCUCAGUCCAGACUCUGAGCAUUCCAACUUACUUCCAACGAUCGGUCUCCGAUCCAGGAACACGAGCAUUGGAUCCAACAGCUUCAAUGACGGGCCCUCAAAUCGGGUUCCUGGAAGGGCCCGCGAGGCCAUGAUGCAAAACCGAAUGAGAUCAAUUUCCAUGUCUUCCGAUCGAUCAGCUUUAGGUGUUGUGGAUGACCCCAAGCCCAGGUCGUCGCAUAUCUCCCAUCAGGGCUUGGACCGCACCUCAUCAGCUCGAGGGGUCCUAGGGGCCCCUGGGCUGGCUAGUCACCAACCGAAUGUGAUGGGCGCAAUCGCUGCUCCUGAGACUAACCCAAGCUCUGUGCCACCUCCACCACUUCCGUCCCGAGGAAACUUGGCACGCUCCUCUUCCGUGCCAACUAGACCAUCAAUGGGUCAGCUGACGAUGCCACGUGGCCACACAGAGUUAAGCAGUGUGGUGGAGGAGAGUGAAGACAAGGCCAAAUCGCCAAAGAACACCGUGGGAUUACCUGUGAAGGAGAACAUUAAGAAUACAAAGCUAUGAAGCCUACCUACUCAAGCUUGUGAUAAUUAUGAUGCGUGAAAAAGAGAUGAUUUUAUCCACAUUUAUUUUUCGAAAUUUAUUGAAUUUUAACACAUCCGGUUACUAAUAUACACAAAGAUGAGUAUGGUUUGUCUUUGGUCUUGAUUCCGAGUGUAUUUACAAUAAAUGUAAUACUUAGCAUUGCAA